AUCGGCGCGGAUAAUCCAGUCUGACCGCUCAUCGCUUGACCGAAUUGGACUUUAAAAACAAGAAAAUAAAUAAUAAAAAAAAAAACAACCUUUACUCGGCUCGAUAUUGAAACUUUAGGAAGAAAAAUGAAAGCGAUAAGCCCCGUGCGGUCUUUCCGGAAAACCCCCGCCGCCUUAACGGAGCACUCGCUGGGGCUGUCGCGGAGCAAGACCCCGGUGGACGACCCGCUGAGCCUGCUGUACAACAUGAACGACUGCUACUCCAAGCUGAAGGAGCUGGUGCCCAGCAUCCCGCAGAACAAGAACGUCAGCAAGAUGGAAAUCCUGCAGCACGUCAUCGACUACAUCCUGGACCUGCAGAUCGCGCUCGACACCAACGUCGCACUGGGCUCGACGAGCCUCCAUCACCCGGUCACGGCGUCCAGGACCCCGCUGACCGCCCUCAACACAGACAUCAGCAUCCUCUCGCUACAGUCUCCGGAGUUGCCAUCGGAGCUGACGACAGAUGACAGCCGGACUCUGCAUCGCUAAAGGCGGUGUUUGGUCAAAGAAAAUCACACAGGACCUGGGGAGCAUGCAGGGUUUCCCCCCUCCCCUACUACUCAAAAGAAGAUAAAAAAAAAACAAAAAACAUCCUGUGUCCUCCUCCAGGCCUGCUGGAUUAUUUUUUUCCUCCCAUCAUGAUGAGAGACUUUGUGCUUAUUAUGGGACAAUCUUUAUAAUGUGAUGUGCUUUUUUUUUUUUUUUGGGAUAUUAUUAUUAUUUAACUUAAGAUUUAUUAUUUGCGGGGUCCUUUCUGCAAAUGGAAGGCGUGUUAUAUUCCCAAUAGAGGGAGGAAAAUGAGAUUAAUGUCACGAGGAUGAUUAUUAUUACUACUAUCCGCCUCUUCCCCCAGCCCCCUUUCCUCUUAUUCUCACCCUCCCUGUUGAAGUCUUCGCUUUUUUUGCGGAGGUGGGGAUUUUGGUUAUUUACGUAUAAUAAAAAGACGGGGGAAAAUGUUUAGUCUUGUUUUGUCAGAAAUUGUUGGCACAUGAAGGACUGGACGUUGUCUAAAGAAGUACACAAAAAAAGAAUGACCUUGUGAACUCUUCUCGGGAGUAUAUCUUGUAUAGUUGCAGGCAUGUCUGCAAAACGUGUAAUGUUGGAUUUAAUUAUGCUGAAACUUUUUAUAAAAGUAAUGUAAAUUGUACCUUUUUUAUACAAAAUAAAUGACAAAAGCAACUAUA